GCUAGCUCUUAAUGAUUAGCUAACACGAUAAUUAGCUUAAACACGUUUUACACGUCUCACAGAAAUCAACUCGAAUUAAAACUCUAAAACAUGCCGACGAAUGGUGUUUCUUCACGUCUGAUUACAGACCCAGAGGAGCGCCGUCGGGGUGGAAUACAGACACCUUUCCAGCGUCUUGCUCAGCACAUGCAAGAUGUCUUAGGAGAUGGGGGACUUCUCAAGGAAGUGAUGCAUGAAGGAGAAGGCCAACUCGUACCGAGAGACGCUUCAGUCUGCAUCCACUUUUCUGGAUUCCUGGAGUAUUCAGAUGAGCCUUUUGACUCAACAAGGAACUUGAAAUUUCCCAAAAUGAUGAAGCUAGGAAAAGACAUGACUGCGUGGGGCCUCGACCUCGGCCUGCGUACCAUGAGGAAAGGAGAGCUCUCUCGCUUUCUUAUGCAACCCAACUACGCCUUUGGAGAGAGAGGCUGCCCUCCUAUCAUCCCACCGUGGACCACGGUCCUGUACGAGGUGCAAGUUUUUGACUAUCUGGACUCUGCGCAAGUGGACGAGUUCUUUGCGCUUUCUUUUGAUGAGCAGAAUUUGGCUCCUUUGUCUACACUGCUGAACGUCAUCGACACAGAGCGAAGCUUCGGAAACCGCUGUUUCAACCAAAGCCGCUACGAGGACGCCAAACACAGAUACAAGCGGGCCAUGACGUUGCUGACGAACCGCGAGCCAGCAGACGAAGACGAGAGGAGACGCUUGGAGGAGGCGAGUCUGCCCUUCCUGCUCAAUCUCUCCCUCACUUACUUUCGCCUGGAGAGACCUCACAAAGCGCUGCAGUUCGGCCAGAGGGCUCUGGAAAUCAGCCCUGGUAACACCAAAGCGCUGUUCCGCUGUGGUCAGGCAUGCUUGGAGAUGAAUAACUACGAAAAGGCACAAGAUUACCUCACCACAGCUCAGGCCAAGAAACCGUUCGACACCGAUAUCAACAACUUGCUAAGAAAGCUGGCCCAGUGUUACAAACAAGACCUGGAGAAGGAAAAACACAUGUGCUCCAAAAUGUUUUCUGCCUUCAAAUUUGACAAAUAAGCAGGCUCCGUCAGAAUGGUGUGAAGUCACUACCACCCUACAGCAGCACGUUGUGAAAUAAAUUAAAUUUAACAAGAUACAUGAUUUCAGAAUGUCGUGUUUAUCAAAUUUCUGACCCUUGCAUGGCUAAAAAAAGAUGUCUGUGCAGAAAGUUUCACCAUUUUGCUUCAACAAUGUUUUUCUUUGCUUAAAUAUCAACAUCAGGUGUGCUUAAGUAUCCUGUAGUUGUCAGUAUUGUUUCAGUUCUGUUGGUAUUCACAGUGUUGUUCCACUCCUUUUUUCAUUUCCGUACUGAAAUUGGUGAUUUAUAUGUAAUUUGUUUGUAUAUUCUCAAUACACGUAGCAUGUACUAUAGCAA